AUGAAUCCAGUGGAUUUGGGUUUAAUUGCUCACACACUAAAGCAAACAAAAGACAUGUUCUCCUGGUCCUGCAGAGAUGUGCCAUAAACAAGCUACGCAUUUUUGCAUGACAGACAGACACAGCAGCGACAACAAGCCUUUUGAGCUAUGCCAGCCUCAUUCUGUAACCUUCUAAUCCUACUAAAUCAUACCCCUAACCCAAGCAGGUGCAUCUAAUCUCCCCAGGCCCCACCAUGAGGUGAGAAGCUACGGCCACAUGGACUACAGAUGGAAAUACCUGUAACACUGCAUUGUAAGCAAAUGUUUCCUUCGUGGCUUUGGUGACAAGAGAGAGUACAGAGACGGUUGAGAAAGUUAUGGGUGACAGUUGGAAGGAUAUGCCGUCUUCCCAUUUAAACACACUGCCCUCCUGCUUUGUGCAGUCCCUUGACAUAACACGCACAGACACAACCAUGCAAUCCAGCCCUUCCUCCGAGUUCCCCGUCCUGUGAAGGUGGCUGCAUGUUGAAGACUUCAGCGCUCUUCUCAGGUUAUCGCCUUGUCAGUGUUCAAGAAGCACAAACAAGAACAAUAUCUUCUUCGGUGCUGCACUAUUGAGGAGAUUCAGAUUUCAGAAGAAGCAUAAGAGUGGGUGUUCUAGAAUUCACUCUCGACCUCAUUCUGCCCUGUUUACCUUCUGCCUCUUGUAUUUGGCCUUUCUUCGGUCUGUUUGUCUGUCUGUCUCUCUAUCACCCACUCCCAUCUUCUGUUAUGGAAUCCUCCCAGAUCACCGGGGAUGAUGGGGAAGAGUGCAGCAGUAAUGAAUCUGGAUGGACAAUAUACCUGGCCUCCCCCAUGCGUAGCGAUGAUGUGAAAGAAAAUGGCAGCGAAGGAAGUAAUGUUGAAGAUGGCAGUGGCUACAUCAAUGAGAGGAGGAAAGGGAAAGAAGACCACAAUCAGGAUGAUGAUGGAGAUUAUGAUUCCCUCGCUUCUGAUGCUUCCACAGGACCAGCUCAAGUGAAGGCGCUUGAAGGCAAAGAAGAGAAAAAUCGUCAGACAAAUGUUGGUUGCAGCGAUGAACAAGGUAAGGAUGAACAAGAUGAGAUACGUACCAAAAUCUUGACAACCUGCAACAAAAAGGCAGGCAAGAUAAAGAAAGGGGAUGAGAAAACCAGCAGAAGAGGCCACAGCAAAAGACGUAGCUCCUCAAGAACAAGCUUCUUUUGGUAAAUGGUGUAAAAUCCUUGAUCACCUAUUUCUUUCCUAUAAAGCUAGAAUGCAUGUUAGAGACCUCGAUAAUUGAAGGGCUGAUGGGGGUCCAUGCUAUUGCCUUCCAUGGUUUUGUCCAUUUGUUAACCACCUCAUAGGUCAAUUGUUACUAUGAAAAUUGUCACCAUUUGUUAUUAUUCGAUACCGAACUCUUAAUAUCAGCAUUCAAACAUUGCAUUCUCUCCUAUGUAUCUAUAGCCAUUAAUGAUCCCUUUGCUUGGAUACA